GGCGCUGCGGGGACCUGCGACUGCUUAGACCGCAGAAGAGCAGGAGGACGUCUGAGACAUGCUCGCAGCGCUAGGCUCUCUGGCGGCUGCCCUCUGGGCAGUGGUCCAUCCUCGAACUCUCCUGCUGGGCACUGUCGCCUUUCUGCUCGUUGCUGACUUUCUCAAAAGACGGCGUCCAAAGAACUACCCGCCGGGGCCCUGGCCCCUGCCCUUCGUUGGCAACUUCUUCCAUGUGAACUUCGAGCAGUCGCACCUGGAGAUUCAGCAGUUUGUGAAGAAAUAUGGGAACCUUUUUAGCUUGGAGCUUGGUGACAUAUCUGCAGUUCUUAUUACUGGCUUGCCCUUAAUCAAAGAAGCCCUUAUCCACAUGGACCAAAACUUUGGGAACCGCCCCAUGACCCCUAUGCGAGAACGUACCUUUAAGAAAAAUGGAUUGAUUAUGUCAAGUGGCCAGAUAUGGAAGGAGCAAAGACGGUUUACUCUGACAGCACUAAGGAACUUUGGUUUAGGAAAGAAGAGCUUAGAGGAACGCAUUCAGGAGGAGGCCCAACACCUCACUGAAGCAAUAAAAGAGGAGAACGGACAGCCUUUUGACCCUCACUUCAAGAUAAACAAUGCAGUUUCCAAUAUCAUUUGCUCCAUCACCUUUGGAGAACGCUUUGAUUACCAGGAUAGUCAGUUUCAGGAGCUGCUGAAGUUAUUGGAUGAAGUCACAUACUUGGAGGCUUCAAAAACGUGCCAGCUCUAUAAUAUCUUUCCAUGGCUAAUGAAAUUCCUGCCUGGACCCCACCAAACUCUUUUCAGCAACUGGGAAAAACUGAAAUUGUUUGUUUCUCAUAUGAUUGAAAAACACAGGAAGGAUUGGAAUCCUGCAGAAACAAGAGACUUUAUUGAUGCUUACCUCAAAGAAAUGUCAAAGCACACAGGCAAUUCUACUUCAAGUUUCCAUGAAGAAAACCUCAUCUGCAGCACUCUGGACCUCUUCUUUGCCGGAACCGAGACAACUUCUACGACUCUGCGAUGGGCUCUGCUUUAUAUGGCCCUCUACCCAGAAAUCCAAGAAAAAGUACAAGCUGAGAUUGACAGAGUGAUCGGCCAGGGGCAGCAGCCGAGCACAGCCGCCCGGGAGUCCAUGCCCUACACCAAUGCCGUCAUCCAUGAGGUGCAGAGGAUGGGCAACAUCGUCCCCCUGAACGUUCCCAGGGAAGCGACAGUUGAUACUACUUUGGCUGGGUACCACCUGCCCAAGGGGACCAUGAUCCUGACCAAUUUGACGGCGCUGCACAGGGACCCCACAGAGUGGGCCACCCCUGACACGUUCAAUCCAGAGCAUUUUCUGGAGAAUGGACAGUUUAAGAAAAGAGAAGCCUUUCUACCCUUCUCAAUAGGAAAGCGGGCAUGCCUCGGAGAACAGUUGGCCAGGACUGAGCUGUUUAUUUUCUUCACUUCCCUUGUGCAAAAAUUUACCUUCAGGCCCCCAAACAAUGAGAAGCUGAGCCUGAAGUUUAGAAUGGGCAUCACUAUUUCCCCAGUCAGUCACCACCUCUGCGCUGUUCCUCGGGUGUGAUUUUGAAAGUUUGCUGAUCCCGCUCUAGACACACUGCUGAGAGGCCAGCCCUGUUGGAAUUCCAGUAGAACUAUGAAGCCCUCAAUUGUAUUAUGUUCUCAAUCAAGAAUCAUCAUGAACUUUGGUAUAGCUGUUGAAUGAUGCUGAAUGAUGAUCAAGAAUCAUCAUGAACAUUGGUAUAGCUGCUGAAGUAGGACAGACAGAAAUCACCUUCCAAUGUAGAUGAUCAACUGACAGGCUCCAAGUUGGCAAAAUCACUGCAUCUAUUAUGCAGAUAUAUACGGUAUUUAAGGGUUUUCUCAAUGAUAAGGGCUGCACUUUCUAAUACAAGAUUAGUUUGGGCAUCAUAACCUAUUAAAGAAAAGCCAUACACAGCAGAAUUAUAAUUUCUAAGUUACUUACACUUUCGCCUUCAGACUUGGAACCUUGUUCCUGUAAAGACUUCUGGAGGUCCUCAAUCUGCUGCUGCAAUUCUCUAAUACGCUCUUUGCUCAGCCUAUUGUAAGAUGGGUCAUAAGCAUUUACUUGUAUUGAAAGUCAAAGCAGUUAAGGAUCUACAAAGGUACAUUCAGUUAGCAAUUUAACUAAAAUAUGUUUUUAUAGCAAUGACAAAUGUGGAAUAAUUAUCUGUGCCUAGGUACAAUAGGAAGUAGGGCACACUGCUUCUAAGGAAAUAUUUUUUAAAAGAAAACUUUUUUCCUGAAAGUACAUAUGCCUACAUUUAAAAUUUUAAGGAACUUAAAUGUUGGUGGCAAAAACAUUUCUACACUGUACUCACUGGUAGAAAAAUCAGAAAACCAGCUCAAUUUUUCUACAGUUGUAUUUUCAAUGAAUGAAAACUAGAUUUCCAUCUUCUGUUUCAGAUUUCACAGUGUAUUGGAAGAGGAAAGUCCCCAUUUUCCAAUCAUUUCCACAUGUUUUUUUAAAUUUAAAUUAAAGGGACUACCACUAGCAACUAAUGCAGAUUCUAAUGUGGCAAUAUCUCAUUCUUUAAAACUCUGCUUAAGAGUUACUUCCACAGGAAGUUACCAGCAACAGUUAGCAUCUCCCUCUCCCUCUAUGUAUAUCCACACAUACACACUCACCUGCCUGUUAUAAUAUCCCAUUGUUGUAGUUAUCACAUAAUAUAGCAAUUAUUUAUUUACAUGUCUACCUUCCUAUGUUAAUUCCUUAAAAGCUUAAAUAAUUUCCCCAGUGUUAACAACUGGUAUUGAACUGAAUAAGAUAGUAAUAUUUAGUGCUCUUCAGAACUGGUAUUAAACUGAGUAAGAUGGUAAUAUUUAAGGGUCUCUUCAGAAAAGUGCCAACAACUGGUAUUGAACUGAAUAAAAUAGUAAUAUUUAAUGGCCUCUUUAGAAAACUAAAUUAUCAUUCUUAUUUUAACCACAGUUUAUGUAACAUUAUACACACAAGUUACACACAAUUUUGAGAAAGGUAAGAUUCAAGUGUGUCUAAAAUUUCUGUUGGUGUCCAGGAUUCAAUAAAGGUUAAAUAAGUCUAAA